AUGCUGCUGGAGGCCGGCGCCGACAAAGACAUUGCCAAUAUUAUUGACGGCUUCACUGCCUUGAUGCUCGCUUGUCGAGAGGGCCACGUUGAAAUUGUGCGCUUGCUUCUGGAGGCCGGUGUCAACAAGGACUUAGCAAACCUUGACGGCUUCACUGCCUUGAUGCUCGCUUGUCGAGAGGGCCACUUUGAAAUUGUGCGCUUGCUUCUGGAGGCCGGUGUCAACAAGGACUUAGCAAACCUUGACGGCUUCACUGCCUUGAUGCUCGCCUGUAGAGAGGGCCGCGUUGAAAUUAUGCGCUUGCUUGUGGAGGCCGGUGUGAACAAGGACUUAGCAAAUCUUGACGGCUUCACUGCCUUGAUGAUUGCUACUGAAUACGACCACCUUGAAGUCGUGCGUUUGCUGCUGGACAGCGGUGCCGACAAGGAUGUCUUCACUCAAGACUACAAUGCCUUGAUGCUCGCUGUUGACAUUGACCGCAUUGAAGUUGUGUGUUUGCUUCUGGAGGCCGGCGCCAACAAGGACGUGGCCGACAACAACGGUGUCGCUGCCUUGAUGCUUGCUUGCCGAGAGGGCAACGUUGAAGCUGCGCGCCGGUGCCAACAAGGACUUAGCAAACCUUGA